UAUGCAAAAGCCAAGUCAAUUGCCAAGGAAGCAAUGCAACCAAAUCCAAUGGCAAUGCUUUCUCAGGUUCAUGAGUUUUGUUUUGGGUCAUUCUAUCUCACUGUCUGUCAGCAAACGAUUUAGUUUACAGGUUCAAUUCAUUUAUGCAUCUAGCCAGCCAGCCAGCAAGCAAUGAUUUGUUUUUGAAGUUUACAUUUUACAAUUUUUAAUACUCCAAAUAUAUAUAUAUUUUUUUUUUAAAACCUCCGCGUAAUCGAAAUCUUGGCUCCAAACGCGAACCCAAGCUAGAGGUACUCUCUCCCUAAUUUUCAUGUCCUUCUUGUCCUCACGAUCUCAACGAUCCGUAUCGCCUUCUCCUCUCUCACCCUCUCAAAUCUCUAAUUCCCAACAUGGCAAUCCCCAUCACCACCGCUCUCCGUCUCCGUCGUCUCUUUCCACCCACAUCGGAUCCCUUCAAAUCUCGGAUCCACAAUCACCAGUCGCUGUCGCUGAUCACGUUUCAGGUACUUCCGCUUCAGCUGAAUCUGGGGGAUCUUCCAAGAAGGUGAUUGAGUCUUCAGAUAUGAGUGAUGUCAGAAAGAUUUCUAACUAUAAUAAGUGGGAAAUAAUGCCUUUUGAGAGUCUAAGAAAGGAAGCUCGAGAUCACAACAUGCAAAUGGAAGGUGUCUUCUCACUUUAUAAAAUGGAUGGCAAUAAAUUGGAUGAUCUGGUCUGUGUGAGGCAUUCCUUAAAAUCUGAGGAAUAAGCGAUUUCUAUCUGUGCUCAUUGUAUUCUUGCACUUUGGCUGGUUGUCAGCAAACUGGAUUGAGCAUUGCCAAUUUGUUGCGGGUUCUUGGUGAGAGGGUCUUUUUGGGUAGAGGUGUUGCAAUUCUUGUACCGCAAAUUUUUCUUGGAGGAUAAUAACAGCCCCAAGGAACCUCAGCAACAGUGGCCCGAUGAACAACAAAUUCAAAAGAUAAAAGUCGAAGAUAGUUCCUCCAUUGAGCAGUUUUCAGCACUAUUAUAGUUAACAGGGCCCUUUGUUUUAAUGUAACAUUGAUUUGAAUUAAUACAACUCAUCAUCGCUGCAUAUCA